AUGUCGGCUCCCCAAGGAACAGAUAUGGCUCAUAUUCAUCGUGACACCAAAUCAGGAGUACGAUGGAAUAGGGUUGUUCCGGGCUUUAAUCUCCUUCAGACGGCGAGCAGUGAGGUCCAAAAUGUUGGCGCAGACGCACCCUUCAUCCGGUCACUAUAUAUAACGGGGGUGCAGUACCUACUCGAAGGCCUGCCCAAGGACUUGACUCCUGGAGAGGCUACAAACAUCCAGGCGAAACUUCCAGAUAAGCUGAAGGAGCGGGCCAGUGUAGGGUAUCCAAGAGCUGCUGCGGGUGGCAUUCGGGGCGGGAGUCACACAACUGAAUCGUCCACACCACCAUCCAUUAUUCAUAGAAUCGUGGCAGCAUGCACCUUGUACUUGUGCUUCUUCAUCCAGCUCUUCAUCCAGAUUUUGGUUCCUCAUUUCAAAGUUUUGAAGCGAUCUAGGUUGGCAAAGACCACAGCGGAGAGGAUCUUGACAGCCAGCUUGUUCACUGCCGCGAAGAUACAGGUUGCGCUUGUGUUUCUAGGAUCAAACAUAGCAAAAACCCUGCAUAGUGACAGUGUGCUUAGUCUAUUGGUGAAUGUCUGGCUGGGAUGGUGCGCGGCGGUGGUAAAUGGGCUUUCUGAGGGAUUGACUGAAGGGCUUCUUCUGCUUUUGACGGGAUCGGGAAUCUCAGCCGUGACAGACAAAGGGUCUCUAUGA